UGAGAUCACUGCGCCUCCGGAGCUGUCCUCUGUGCCGGUGCUGAACUCCACAUCGCCCUAUUUCCCCUUCGUCCUCCUACAUCGGCUCUGCUGUGCACUGGUGAUAUUUUUGGGACGGGAUUAACAACCUUCUUUUUGGCUGUUUUUAGGUGCAAACUUCACCUCUCUAAAACACAUCGGAGAUUACACACAACCAGUCGUGGAUUUGAAGGAGAUUAAUACUAGUUUGUGGGUCUUUUCACCUCUAAACUCGCUUGGAUUAUACUCCUGGAUGGUUAACGUCAGGACACAAAGGAAAAGCCCAAUGAAGACAGCAGGAUGGUGGUCGGCGGCAAUUUUAUUGUUGGGGCUCGCUGUGCUCGGCGCAGACGGGAGACCCAACAAGGAGGAAUUCAGGUCGCCGCUCUAUCGACCAGUCGUGAGAUUCCGACACAAGGAUGGGAUCCCUGAGAGCUUGAGGAUAAAGGGUUUUAUGGGACACAAUGUCAAUCCAAGUCCAUGUGAACACAAGUACUGUGGCUUGGGGCGUCACUGCGUGGCUAACCAUGAGACUGGCCAAGGGGAGUGCAAGUGCUUGGAUCAUUGUAAACCGCACUAUAAACCCGUGUGCGGCUCAGAUGGAAAGCUGUACCAGAACCAUUGUGAGCUCCACCGGGCCUCCUGUCUCCAAGGACACAGGAUUACCAUCAUGCACAGCGAGGAAUGCUUCUACAAAAAUGACAACUGCAGACUGAGUGAAUACCGUCGACUGAAAACCAAGAUCUUGGAUUUGCAUGACAAGCGAUACAUGUCUAACAUCCACGGGGCCCACAAGGACAACAUGGCAGCCAGGAAGCACCUGGUUGAUCUGAUGUUCAAACGUUUUGAUGCAGAUAACAAUGGUCAAAUCGAUGCCAGCGAGCUCUCACAGGUUAUCAAGCAAGAAGGUCUGUCCAAGGAUAUCUCCGAGUGCACAUUGUUCGAUCUGCUCAAGUACAACGACGUCAACGACGACGAGCACCUGACAAAAGAGGAGUUUUAUACGGCUUUGGAUGUGUACCUGCUCACCCUCCCCGAUGAUCAGAAAGUGAGCGUCACCACAGUAACAGUCGGCCAGAGCGCCGUAUUGACGUGUGCCAUCACAGGAGAGCGCAGGCCUCCCAUACUGUGGAAGAGAAACCAUCAAUAUCUGAACUCCCUGAACCUGGCAGACAUCAAUACCCCGUCCCAGGACUUUGGGGACGAUGGAUCACUGUACUUCACCAAGGCGACCACGACCCACAUCGGGAACUAUACCUGUCACGCUGAUGGCUACGAGCAACUCUUUCAGAUCCACACGCUUCAAGUGAAUGUUCCCCCCGUCAUCCGGGUGUACCCAGAGAGCCAGGCCAGGGAGCCGGGCGUCACCGCCUCUCUGCGGUGCCACGCUGAGGGCAUCCCCAGCCCGCAGCUGGCCUGGCUGAAGAACGGCAUGGACAUCACCUCCAAGCUGUCCAAACAACUCACCCUGCAAGCUAAUGGGAGUGAGGUUCACAUCAGCAACGUGCACUUUGAGGAUACGGGCGCUUAUACCUGCAUCGCCAAAAAUGAUGCUGGCAUAGACGAAGACAUCUCUUCGCUAUUUGUGGAGGACUCUGCACGAAAAACUCUGGCAAACAUUUUGUGGCGAGAAGAAGGUCUCGGCAUUGGAAACAUGUUCUAUGUGUUCUAUGAAGAUGGUAUUAAAGUCAUUCAGCCUGUGGCGUGUGAGAUACAGCGACACAUUAAGCCCAGUGAGAAGCUGCUAGCUCUGCAGGAGGAGGUGUGCCCCACCUCGCCAGGAGAGGAGGUUCAGAGGUGUGUGUGGUCAUCAGCGGUCAACAUCAAGGACAAGUUUAUUUAUGUGACGCAGCCGACCUUGGAUCGAGUGCUCAUAGUUGACAUCCAGUCUCAGAAGGCUAUCCAGACUUUCAGCACCGACCCUUAUCCCGUGAAGCUUCACUACGACAAAUCUCAUGACCAGGUGUGGCUGCUGAGCUGGGGAGACGUGGAGAAGAACUUCCCCACUCUCCAGGUGAUCAAUCAGGCCAGUGGGCGAGUCUCCCAUCACACGGUUCACACGCAGCCCAUCGGCAGACGCUUCGACCGGGUGGACGACUUCUUCCUCCCCGCCUCCAGCCUCAUCAUUAACCACAUCAGAUAUGGCCUCAUUCUUCACAGAAAUGAGCCUGUCCUCCACAAGAUCGACCUGGAGACGAUGUCCUAUGUGAAAAACAUCAGCCUACGGGAGUUCAACUGCAUCCCCAAGUCCGUAGCCUACACACACCUCGGCGGUUAUUACUUCGUCAACUGCAGGCCCGACUCCACCGGCGCCUCGCAGCCGCAGCUCAUCGUGGACAGUGUGACAGACAGCUUGAUCGGACAGAACGGAGACGUCACCGGCACGCCGUACGUGUCUCCGGACGGCCACUACCUGGUGACCGUGGACGACAGCGACGGCCUGAUGAGGAUCCAGGUGGUCUCGGAGCGCGGAGAGAUCCAGGAGCCCUUCGACAUCCACACCAACCUCCACCUGUCCGACCUGGCCUUCCAGCGCUCCUUCACCGAGCUCCACCAGUACAACGUGUUCGGCAGCUCGGGACGCCAGACGGACGCUCUGUUCGUGGAGCUGAGCAGCGGCAAAGUGAAGAUGAUCAAGAGCCUGAAGGAGGCCACCAAGGCGUUCGAGUGGCCGUGGAGCGGCAGGAACAGGGUGAUGGCAGGCAGCGGUCUGUUCGGACAGUACCUCAUGACCCCCUCCCGAGACUCCCUCUUCGUUCUGGACGGACGGCUCAACAAGCUCAACUGUGAGAUCACCGACGUCCUCAAAGGCAACGUGGUGGUGUGGGUCGGCGAGUCUUAGAACGCCCAAUGAGCUUUGUUUCACUCAAAAGGUACUGUUGCACUGAAUUCUGUUGCAGAUGUUUUAAUUUUGUGGGAACGUGAUAGUGGAUACCACAGAUUCAGAAACCAAAUUGACGAUUUGUAUAAAAAGAAAAUACACAUGAGGGAGUAAUUGAUUGUUAAUGUCUUAAAGCCAAGUUAAUCAUGGGUGGUUCACAUUAAAGUCAACAUAAAGUUAUUGCUGGUGAUCUUUUUCAGGAAAAUUGGUAAACAUGUGCAACGUUGCAUUAUUAUUCACAAUCGGUUAUAUUUAGUGUGUGGGAAUGCUGUAGAUAAUCUCUAAACAAAACUAAUAUCUAUCUGAAUUGGCAGAAAUAGAUAUAUAUAUAUGAACUGUAUAUGUGCGAAUUUACUCUUGUACUUUUAGUUUUCCCAUCCCAACUUUUUCCUGUGCCUUCAAGGAAAAUUCCCCUCCGUCAGAGGAAUUAGCGUAAUUAUUCCCCGUGUGACUGCCGACUGCACCUCCUCCUUUGACCCUCCAUUCGUGGUGAGCGUGGUUCCUCACAGACCCACCGCUCUCGUCUCUCCGCCCCUCCCUGAUUCAGUCUAAUUAAAACGAGCCCUCGCUGUGAUCCUAUCCCGUUUGAAGUGGAGGCCGAGUGGUCAUUACGCUCUGUAACCUUUAAUCCAAAAUGUAUAACCAGCGUUGGACGGUUCUGAAUGAUAUCUUUAUUGUUUUCCCUUUUAUUAGUCCAAAGCAGAAACAUGACAGUCGGUGGCAGUGUUAGUUUAAUCGUACCAGCGUUAUACACUCCACAUUGUGAAACUAGGGAUUUAGAGCACUAGUGUGUGGGAAGAAAAUCAUAACUUUAAACAUCUCUGGACCAAAAAGAAAAGAAGAUAGGAAAGGCAUUUAGAGUGAGCUUUUGAUGACGUGCAUUUGCAGCAUGUUUUGAUGUGAAGUAAUGAGGGUGGGGUAGUUGUAUUUAAGUAGAGGGUCUUUUGACAAACAACUCUUUCUGGAAGCUCCUGCUGUAGACACGUAGCCGGAGAGUGAAGCGGUUUCCUAGCUGGACACAUUUCUAUGCAUUUUCACCCUAGCACUCUGACUCUGUGAAUCACAAUGGGCAACUGUAUUCACAUUUAGUAAGGACUUUUGAGUUGUACAGAUUAGUAAUUCCGUCUCUCCUGUUUAAUCUUAACUCGAAUAUAUUUUAAUUUGAUUUCCCUGACUGUACUGUACUGCUGAUGAUGACCUCUGACCGUUUCUCUCUAUGUUCUGUACAUAGCGGUGGACCGUGAGUCCAUUACUUUCCCAUUGUAUGUACUGAUUGACGCAGGUUCUGUUCACAAUCAACACUCUCCUUUUUAAGAAAUGAAAACACAACACACAGCUUUCAUUAUCUGCAUCCUGUACGGGCACAUUGUGAUCACUAUCACCGCUUUCACCGCCACAUAGCCAUGUCUGUACGUUCCUUCAUGUGAUUGUUAUUUAUAUAGAGAAAACACGCUUGUCAUUUUACCCAACAAUAAAAGAUAGACCAUGAAAGAAA